CCCUCCCUCUCGCCCUCUCUCUCCCUCCCGCUCGCCCUCUCUCUCUCUCUCUCUGUAAUCUGCUCUCAUUGUGCUGACUGAGGAGUAACCUGCUUCAAUCCUCUCACUCAGAGUAAUUCUCAGGAAGUCUGUGAUUGUCUGGAUGUUUUGUUUUACAAGUGAGGGGUCGAAAGGGGGGGGGGGGAGUACCUCUCCCAGUCGACUCACCUGAUUGGCUGUUGGGGCCACAUAUAGAGCUUCUCUGAGCGACAAGGAAAACCCUCCAUCCAUCCAUCCAUCCAUCCAUCCAUCCAUCCACCUCUUCAACUCAGGCGUCGGCGAGUCGCUGCGCUCGAUCUGCACCAACAUGAGCCCAAAAAAUGUUGUUUUCAAGAAGAUCUGCAAAGACAAGUCGGUCGGAGUCUACAUGGGGAGGAGAGACUUUGUGGACCAUGUGGACUCUGUGGAUCCAGUAGAUGGCGUCAUCAUCAUUGACCCCGAGGCUCUGCAGGGGAGGAAAGUGUUCGUCACCCUGUCCUGCACCUUUCGCUACGGCAGAGACGACAUGGACGUGAUGGGGAUUGCUUUCCGCCGCGAGCUGUACCUGUCGACCCGCCAGGUGUACCCGCCUCUGCAGGACCCAGAGAAAGGAGUCCACACGAAGACGCAGGCCAAACUGCUGCGCAAGCUGGGACACAACGCCUACCCUUUCUUUUUUGAGUUUCCUGAUAACCUGCCCUGCUCGGUGGCCCUUCAGCCAUCACCCCAAGAUGUUGGCAAGCAAUGCACCGUGGAGUUUGAGAUCAAAGCGUUCAGCGCUGAGAGCCAGGAUGGGAAAGUGCACAGAAGGAGCUCAGUGAAGCUGCUGCUCAGGAAGGUCCAAUACGCCCCGGAGAGCGCCGGAGUGGCUCCCUCUGAGGAAACCACGGAAAAACAGCUGCAUGUCAAGGCCAGUCUGGAGAAAGAGCUGUUCUACCACGGCGAACCGAUCAAAGUGAACGUCUGCAUCACAAACAAUUCCAGCAAGAACAUCAAGAACGUCAUCGUCUCUGUGGAUCAGGUGGCCAACGUGGUGUUGUACUCCAAUGACAGCUACACCAAGGCUGUGGCCAUUGAGGAGCCUGGGGAUUCGGUUCCUCCCGGAGCGACCCUGCAGAAAGUCUACACUCUGCUGCCCCUGCUGGCCAACAACAGGGAGAGGCGUGGCAUCGCUCUGGACGGCAAACUGAAGCACGAAGACACCAACCUGGCGUCAUCGACGAUCGUGAAGGACGGCGUUCUGAAGGAAGUGAUGGGGAUCAUGGUUUCAUACAGGAUCAUGGUGAAGCUCAUCGUCGGAGGGAUGAUGGGCUCAAGUGAGGUUGACCUGGAGCUUCCCUUCAAGCUGAUGCAUCCUAAACCUGACGCAGUGAAGGAAAGUGAGAUGGAGGAGGAGAUGGAGUUCCAGGAGUUCAAGCGCUCUUACCUGAAGGGGAUGAUCGACGAUGAAGAGGAUGGCAACACGUCGGCCGGCGACGACAUGGCACCCGCAGAGAAAUAGAGCAGAGGAUUGUGCAGAGCUAGAAACCAAGAAAGCUGAAAGUUUGAGUCGCCUCGGAGUUUGUGCAAGAAAAAAAUUAAAAAGGACCAUUCAGGUGUUUUGCAUGUUUUGGUACCUCGCACUGACACUUCACUGAGUACACUUUAUCGUUUUUAAGCGCAGUAGGGAAGAAACGCUUCCAAACACAAUGAGAAAAAAGCCGGAUUCAAUUCAGAUACAAAAUAUUUGAAUACAAUCCAGCAGAAAACAACACAAUCAUCCCAUCAUUGUUUUUCUUUUCUCCUGAAACAACGAUCACGCUUGUUAGCUUCCAGAUGUUCCACUUCCAGCGUGAGUUUUCUCCACUUUGGUCUACAGGAAAAAACUCACGAGAUAAAUCAGGACGGAGCAAUCACAGUUGUCCCCCAAAAUACCUCCCACAGACAGACGUUAAAGUCAGCUCUGUGCGUAGUAUUCACAAAUAAACACAAGCUAACCAGCAGCUAAAUCAUAACAAAUAUUCUCUGUAAGCUCGAGGUCUGCAGAUAUUUCCUGCCAACGUUUCUUUCAUGACCGGAGAGAUGGGGGAAGAUAGAUUAAAUGGGCAUGCCUGCUGUUGCCAUGGUGAUUUCAGAUGCUGCCUGUCACUUUUUGUUGCAGACACAAUUUAGGAAGAAAAAAAAAGUCCUGAAGUCGAAGAGUCGACUCGUGGCUCUGCUCUCACCGUGCAAGUGUGUGCAGUCAAACCACCGAAAUUUAGAAAAACUUCAUCCAGCAGGUCGGGAGCAGCUGAUCGGACCGUCGUCGUAGACUGCACGAUUAACUACGCAGAGGAUGGGGCUGACAUUCUGCCCGACUUAAAAAUGAGUAGUACGAAUCAGAAAUCGUUUCUGAAUCGGGAUGAUAUUGUACAGAGUCGGAUGGACAGCAGAGAGAAUCUCUCCCAUGAUUCCCCGCCAGCCUCAAUGUCAUCUUCUCUCAUUGUUUUGAGUGAGAGCCCCCCGGUGGCUGAAUCUACACACUGCGCGUUUUAUUAUUGCGAAACAUUCAGACUUUUCAGACGUGUUUAUGAAAACGUUACACUAACGAUGAAACUCCAUUAUUGUGCAACCCAAACGUGUGUAACCACUGAUAUGGUCCUUGAAUAGAUUAAAUAGUGAGUCUUUGUGAUUUAAUAUAGAAGCUAGUUGUUUGCUUUGUUAGAUAACAGUUCAGCGUUUCAGCUCCUGAAGAGUUCACUGUUAUUGCAGAAACAUGCCGAAAGCUAAAGUCUGUAAGGUAUCUGAAGAAGAUGUGACGCUCUGUGUUUCAACGAUGUGGAAAUAAAAUCUGGUUGAUCCGUU